AUGAUCGACCUUGUCGCUCUGUCCGCUGCCGAACUUCAAGAGCUCCAGAUUGAAGGAAGCUUGACCAGCACUCAGCUGGCAAAGCUGAGUCUGCUGCAGAUCGAGAAGUAUGACAAGAAGGGGCCGGAGUUGCGUGCCAUGAUAGCCAUCGUUCCUGAAGACAUCAUUCUUGAACGAGCUGCGUUUUUGGAUGAGGAGAGACGCGCUGGACAUUAUCAAUACUCCUCCCGAGUGGGGAAAUUAACCACACAAGGAUCCUGGGCGUUGGCCAAGUCUGUCCACAAGGCUCAAGCCCCUCUUGUGCAGAAGGUCUGCAAAAACAGCGUAUUUCACAGACUUUUUACUGAUUUCGAGAAGCUUUUGGAUGCUGGUGUUAUCAUAAUUGGGAAAACGAGCUUGACGGAAUUUGGCUCGGCAAAGGGACCUGAAGGAGUCGGCGGUUUGUCAGCUAUAAACGGUCAAUCCCAAUCUGCUUAUGUCGAGGGAUUUGUAGACCGAAAUGAUGAACCAUUUGCCCAUACAAACCCAGGAGGCUCUUCCACGGGAUCAGCGAUUGGAGUUGCGGCUGGUUACAGUCCGAUAUCGAUCGGGGGCGAAGCGAAUGGCUCCAUCCAAACCCCAGCUAGCCGUUCGAAUUUAUACGCUUUGAAAAUCACGCCUCAAACCCUCUCCACCGAGGGAAUUUUCCACAUUGUUCCUACAGUCGAAACCCUUGGUGGAAUGGCAAAGUCAGUCGCUGACCUGGAGGCACUAACCAAGGUGAUUCUUCAGACCAGCAAGAAACCGGUUAAGAUCAACGUUGAUCAUUCCACGACGUGGCAAAACUAUACUACAGGAUUCGUAAAUGCAGACGACUGGCGCCUUCCAAAGGAUCUAUUCACUUCGACUGAGGAAUAUCGCCGCCAAAUUGACACAGCUUACACUGGGAUCCAAGAAAAGAUCAAGGCAUUGGGUGGGAGUGUAGUGUAUCCGGUGAAACCUCCUCAUCCAUCUAGCAUUGAUGGUGGGUUUCUAGCUAUCGUCAACGGCGAGUUUCGUGACACAGUUGACGCCUAUCUUCAAGGUCUCGAACAGUCAGAUGUAAGGUCUCUGGCAGACAUCAUUCAAUUCAAUAGAGAUCGCCCCGAAUUGCAAGCUGGCAUCAGUCAGCCAUGGUUUAUCGGCCCACAGGAGUUCCAACAAACACCAGAGGAAUAUACCAAGAUCCGCGAACAGGUUAGAGAGGAUGCGGGGAAGAAUGGGCUCUUUAGAGUUAUGGAAGAGCUCUCACUCGAUAUCAUUAGUGCCCCAACAGAUGGACCGAUCUGCGAAAUCGCUGCCUUGGCAGGUGCUCCUACGGCGACAGUUCCUCUCGGUAUCUUGGAACCGAGCGGUCGACCAUUUGGGUUGACAUUUGUGGGAAGGCCGGGAUCUGAAGCCUUGUUGAUACAACUCAUGCACCUCUACGAAGCUGCUGCUCCAAAGCGCAAACUUCCCGCUCUGGUAAAGUGA